UCAAAAUGGUUUCAAACCCAAACAAAUAAAUAAUUGUUGUUGUUGUUGAAAAGCCCUAUUGAUUUUUGAUUAUUUGAUUUUACUUUUUGGAUGUGAACUGUGAACAUAAAACGUGAUAAAAGUAACAUUGAUUCAUAUACAUAUUCCUAAAAUCAAAUAUGGAAAUAAAACAAGAAGCUAGUGAGGAAACUUGUAAAAUAAAAGUAGAAGAGACAUGUGUUGGUCCCUUGGAAUCCUUGGGUGCCUUCAAAAUUGAAAUUAAGGAAGAGCCCAAGACAGAAACUGCAUACCAGGCAUUUGAUUAUGUAGACUUAAAUGAAUUCCCUGUUAAGGCUGAAGCAGAACAAGAUGAAUAUAAAUGUACACCAUUUGAAGACGAGCAAACAACAAAUGAAGAAAGUUUUGCACAGAAGAAAUUGUUGGAAAUGGAAAUUAUGAGUACAUUACCUGAACAUUCAUGCAAUAAAGAACAACAGCUAAGUCCAAACUCGGGAGAAACUGUUCAGACUGAAAAACGACUUUACAAAUGUGAAAUGUGUUCUAAGCAGUUUUCUCAAUCAUGUAAUCUGAAACAACAUACGAAAGUUCACACUGGAGAAAAACCUUACCAGUGUGAAAUUUGCUUUAAGCAAUUUAGUCAAGCAGGAAGUUUGAAAAGACAUUUGAUAGUGCACACUGGGGAAAAACCUUACAAGUGCGAAAUUUGUUUUAAGCCAUUUAGUGAAACGCGAAGCUUGAAAAAGCAUUUGAGAUCGCACACUGGAGAAAAAUCUCACGAGUGUGAAAUUUGCCUUAAGGAAUUUACGGAGUCAGGCAGUUUGAAAAGGCAUUUGAAAGUGCACACGGGAGCAAAGCCUUACAAGUGUGAUAUUUGCUUUAAAGAAUUUACCGAAUCAGGCAGUUUAAAAACACAUUUGAGAACACACACAGGAGAAAAACCUCACAAGUGUGUAAUUUGUUUGAAGCAGUUUACUGAUAAAAGUACUUUAAAAACACACAUGAGGACGCACACUGGAGAAAAACCUCAUAAGUGUGAAAUUUGUUCCAAACAAUUUAGUGUAACGAGCAGUUUAAAAAAACACUUAAGAAUGCAUACCCGAGUCAAGCGAGAAAAGCUUUACAAGUAGACUGAAAGCUAGAGCCGAAAAAUCAUCGUCAUAAAAAAUAUGGAGUUUUUCCUGUGAAAUGUGUCCAUUGUACAUAUAGGGGAAGGGAGGGCAAGACGGAAGGCUUAACUUUAUAAUGUGUAAAAGAAUAAAACAACGUAAUACAAAACUUUCAUUUUAAUCAUUCUUGAAAGAGACCUUAUACAGUUACAAAAAUCAGCCAUUAAAUAGUAUUAAUAAUAAGUAGAAUUUUUUUAUGAGUAAUUAAAAAAUAAUGUCAAAAAUUCCAUCUUGCUCUUACCCUGAGGGCAGGAUGGAAAGAUUGUUCGGGUAAGAUGGAAUGUAGAGGAAAGCUCUACAUUUUACAGUUUACACACAUAAAACUGCCAUCUUCUGUGUCGGUACACAAUUCAUGUGCCCAACCAUUACAUACAGGACAUUGUACCCAGUCCUCUGUGGGCGGUUCCACAUAACGUUCACCACAUACACAGAACACAUCAUUUUCUGAAGACUGUUCUAAAUGUUGUACAAUAUUUUUAACUUUUUCUGUUUUUGUCCCUUUUCCUUUAAAUUUUCAUUUAUUCUAGCAGGUUCCUAUUUCCUUGCUUUUAUUUUUGCCCAACUAUUAUCUUCCAACUUGCCCUAAAUUGCAAUUUUCCAUCUUGCCCAUAUGCCCCAUUCCAAUGAUAAUAUCAAUAUUUUAAAAAUGCUUUAUUAUUUCUCUUAUUUAAAUAUCAAUUCAGAUAACCUUUACCUAAUAGAUACUUUGUAUAAAUGCAUAAUAAUAAUAUACACCUUGUUUAAAUAAUCGUAUCACAAAAAUUCAAUAAUUGCGUAAUAUUUAACUGCGAAAAUAAGAAGGAAGCGUGUACACUCAUUGGCUGACCGGAACUGAGUGAGCCGUCGUUUGUAAAUGGAAGAGGUUCACCUGCAUCUGUGUGAGUGUGAAUCCGGGCGCUUCAUUGCGCAGUUCAGGUUUUAUAGGUAAUUUUCAUCUUGCCCUCCUCUCCCCUAUUGACAAUUAUGACCCCUUUCAGGCUGACACCUCAGUGGAUACAGGAAGUAGCAAUAAGGGAUGAAAGGGGAAAGUUAGUGCAGUCAUUAAAGGUUUUUACCUCCUAUUUUGUUAAACCUCCAUCGAUUUGCAUGAAAAUUGGUGACUAGUUAGAGCAUACCUCAAGAAAUAAAACUGAUUUGGUGCCAACUUGCACUUUUACCCUGGUGGUGAAUACCACCCUUCCCCGCGGGUGAAAACAAUUUUAUUAAAAAUAUCCCCACAAAUCGAUAGAGGGACAAAUUUUAAGUAAAAUUUGUGAUAUCAUGUUAUUAAAAUUAAUCAAUACUUUUUGAGUUAUUAAAGAUUAAAUAUUUGUCUAUUUAAGAGCAUAUGCGUGAAGUUACGGAUGAUAAAAAGAACAUAUUAAUUAAUUGUAUGUUAGUAAAAUAUUAUCUUUAUAUUAUUUCGAUAUUUAAUUGAAUUUUUUCUAUCAAUAUAAACUGAAUAUGUCCAGAAACUGGGGUGUCCAAUAAUGGGUACAUUUGACAUAUUCGAAUACACUUUUGCUAAAUUUAUAAUAUCGAAAUAAUAUAAAAAUAAUAUUUUAGUAACAUACAAUUAAUUAAUAUAUUCUUUUUAUCAUUCGUAACUUCACGCAUGUGCUCUUAAACAGACAAAUCUUUGAUCUUUAAUAACUCAAAAAGUAUUGAUUUAUUUUUAUAACAUGAUAUAACAAAUUUUACUUAUAAUUUGUCCCUCUAUCGAUUUGUGGGGUUAUUUUUAAUAAAAUAGUUUUCACCCCCGAGAAGGGGUGAUCCACCCCCAGGGUAAAAGUGCAAGUUGGCACCAAAUCAUUUUUAUUUCUUGGGGUAUGCUCUAACUAGUCACCAAUUUUCAUGCAAAUCGAUGGAGGUUUACCAAAUAGGAGGUGAAAACCUUUAAAGACUACACUAACUUUCCCCUUUCAUCCCUUAUUGCUACUUCCUGUAUCCACUGAGGUGUCAGCCUGAAAGGGGUCAUUAUUAUGAAUAUACAAUAGACACAUUUCAUAUGCCAAACUCCAUAUUACUUAUGACGAUGAUUUUUCGGCUCUAGCUCUUAGACUAAAGUGAAAGUAAUGGAAUUCCCCAUCUCUAGUUGGGCAAAGCAACACGUGAAAAAUCGGACUAUAAAAAUUCAAUUUUUUUGGCAAAUAAGAGAUAGUGUCUAAAGUAAUUUUAUUCACAGUUUGUGGAACAAGAACAUUGUAAAGUGAAGUUAUAGAAAACAGCUAUUGAAACAAACUGUAAGUUACAAUAAUAUUAAAUACAGUAUAUAAACUUGGAACAACAAAUAAAAUUUUAUUUAACAUCACGCUUAAAAAAGGAGGUCAUUAAAAUGAUGUAAACGGAAAAGUAUUUUAAUUUAAGGGGGGGGGAUGGUUUAAAAUAUUUUAAUUUUUUAAAUUAGUUUAAAUGAAAGUGCAUACUUUCCAGAAUACUCACUGGAAAUUUUCAGAAUGAUGGGAGUAAAAUUACCAAAGAUACGGCGUGUUGAAUAUCCCUACCUUCGACUCGCUUUGCCGUUGCUUCGCGCCAGCACGCUUGAGCGUAGUGAGAAACGUUAAACAACUGUUUGCCUUCUAUUUUGUAGAUUACUUCACGAUGCAAAAAUCAUAUUCCAAUGUGCAUCACUUUACGAUUUGGCAGACAAAUAAGAAGAUGAAGAUGCAGUUGUCAAAACUUUAAACGCAUUUUUCUCAAAACUGAUUUUUCAAAUGCGGUGGACAUUGUAACUGAAAAAAUACUUGACCGAUCUACCUGAAAUUUUGCACAUAUUUUCUUUAGACAUUUCAUGAGGUAAAAACGUCGAGAUAUUUUUCGUUUUGUGCUUAUUUUUUGUUCAACAUUAAUAAAUCUGUUGAUUUUCACAAAAAUUUUACCAAAAAUUUCGUAUUUUUCACUUCUGAGUGAUACCAAAAAUCAUUAAAAAUAAAAAACUCAACGUUGUUACCUCCUAAAACUCAUAAUCUAAUUAAAUCUUUUUGAAUUGUUUAUUAUUAUUUAUCGGCCGGUCAAAAUUUGUCACUAAUGGCUUAUUUUUCAAUAUUUUGGAUUUAAUUCUUUUUAAAAUAUUCUUUGAAUUGUACUUAAUAUGUUUAUUUAAUUUAAAAAUAAAGUAAUUCUACCAUA